AUGGGCAGCUCGCACCGGCUAGCCGCCAUUGCGGCUGCCUCGCACGCGAGAAACUACUACAACCACACGCAGCCUGAAAUAUCACAGACUGAGACACCGCAUUACAGUGUUAAUAUACUUUUUAUCAGUGCGACCCUAUGCGGGGUACUGGUGGCGGUGUGUGCGGCGUGCUGGCGCCGUUCACCCUCCGUCGACAAGCCGGAGGACCAUGUUGAGUGCAGCGGCGUCUACACUGUAAGCGAAGAUGAUAGACUGGCGCAGAUUCAAGACGAGAUCAACGGACCUCCGCCGGCCUACGACACAGUGGUUGAUCACAAUGAACUCCCCAAGGAUUGCAACUUACAGGAGGUGGUCUCCGAGCCCUGUCCUCGUUGCUGUAACUCUCAUAGAAGUGAUAGUGGUCUACCAUCCUACGAAGUCGCUGUAUUACUUCGCGAUACCAAGUUAUAAUAUGCCUUGAUUUAGCUCCACCAUCCAAGCCCAUGGACUUGGGCCUCUCUCGUUAUGAACCAGUAUUUGAUUAAAAAUAUGGUGCUGUAAAUGUAGGUGUUGAACGACCCGAAUACAAAAGAUUGUCCCAACUAGGCAGUUUCACACGCAGUAAUGGUUUGAUGUUAUGAUGUGCACUUCGGUGUGGUCAAUAGAUAUUAGUUUUAGUAUUAACUUUCUUUUCUCUUUUAAAUAAGUGCCUUCCUCUUUGUUUUAAAAAAAGUAUAUUGUAAGAUUUUGUGCUUUCAAAUGUCCGGUGCGUGCUUCGCUACUCAAUACAGAACGGCAUAACGGUGCAUUUUCAUAAAAGUGAAAAAUCGUCUUAAUUUUAUCAUGUGCCAUGGUUAACAUUGUUAGUGUU